UACUUGUGAAAAUGCUCAUCAACUAGUGCAGUUGCUCCAGCCUCAUUACUCGUUUUUAAAAGUUGACCUUUUUACAAUACCAUGUACUAUCACAGAACCUAUCAAGGAACAGGUAGAAGAAUACAAUACUAACCUGAAGAUGUUCAAAGAUACCACUAGCCUACUGGAGCUAGCAAUGAUGACUAGAGGAAUGCAAUGUCCUGAUGGUGUUGGCUAUUCAUUGAUACUAUUAAAACUCUACAAGUCAUGGUGCUCCAGGACAAUUGCUGAACUAAAUGAAGUGGAAAAUUUUAACUUAUCCUCUUUUUUAACUCUUUUUGAAAUACAAUGUGGUACCUCCAAUCUUAUAUGUUCUUAUCUAAUGCCACAAUUACACACCAAGGCUUUAAAAGAAGCAGUUUCUAAACAGGGGAGUUCUCUAUGUGAAAUUGGUAUUUUUGAGGUUACAAUUGAUGGUGUUCCUAUUGCAAAUGAUCCUGCACUGCAAGCAAUUCAAAAUAUAGAUCUAUUUCAUGUAAUUUUUGGCAGUUUUCUUGACAAAGAUGAUGUUGACAGUGACCAUGUGAUUGCUGCUAGUGCAACAGGAGAUUUCUCGACUGUUGAACUCUUACUGAGUAAAGAUCCAGAUAUUAACACUCAAAAUGACAAAAUUGGAGACACUGCUUUAAUAGCUGCUAGUCGCUUUGGACAUAGCCAAGUUGUUGAACUAUUACUGAGUAAAGAUCCAGAUAUUAACAUUCAAGAUAAUAAUGGAUGGACUGCUUUGAUAGCUGCUAGUGUCAGUGGACAUCAUGAGGUUGUUGAGCUAUUAUUGAGUAAAAAUCCAGAUAUUAACAUUCAAAGUAAUGUGGGAGAGACUGCCUUAAUGGCUGCUGGUUGUUAUGGUCAUCACCAGGUUAUUGAACUAUUACUGAGUAAAGAUCUAGAUAUUAACAUUCAAGAUAAGAAUGGAGCAACUGCUUUGAUGUAUGCAAGUGGUAAUGGACAUCACCAGGUUGUUGAACUCUUACUGAGUAAAGAUCCAGAUAUUGACAUUAAAAAAAAUGAUGGAGGGACUGCUUUAAUAGCUGCUAGUGCCAAUGGACAUCACCAAGCUGUGAAACUCUUACUUAGUAAAGAUCCAGAUAUUAACAGUCAAGAUGAUGAUAGGCAGACUGCUUUGAUGGGUGCUAGUGCCAAUGGACAUCACCAGGUUGUUGAACUAUUAUUGAGUAAAAAUCCAGAUAUUAAUAUUCAAGAUAAAGAUGGAGUUACUGCUUUGAUGUAUGCUAGUUACUUUGGACAUCACCAGGUUGUUGAACUUUUGCUGAGUAAAGAUCCAGAUAUUAACAUUCAAAAUAAUAAUGGCCACAGUGCGCUUACUUUUACUCUUGUUUGCUCAACUAAAACUUUUGUUACAGAUGGUGACAUACCUCUUGACAAUUGUACUCAGUUGCUCAACCAUAAUGCAACAUUAAAAUUUUUACUUAAGUCUCAUCCUAAUCACACUCACCUUGUUGAUGGUAAAGAGUUUCAUUCAUUAGUAGUAGCAGCAUUAUUCAAUAAUUUUGAUGCAGUUACAAUCUUAGUGGAGGAGUGUGACAUCACACCAGAACACAUCAUUAGUGCUUUUACUGCUUCAUGUUAUGAAGGCCAUUCUUCAAUGAUAAUUCACUUGUCUCAGAAAAUAACAACUCUUUCAAACAGUGAGAGAAAACUUUUAGAAGCAGCUGCUAAAGGAGAUUUAGGAACAUUAAUUAGUAUGAUUUUUGACUUUGGUAUGAGUCCAGAUACUCCACUGGUAGCUGGUAUAACUCCAUUAAUGAUAGCAGCUUCAUGUGGACAUGCUGAACUAGUUGAUGCAUUAAUACAAACUGGAGCUGAUGUUAACAAAAGAAAUGAUGAAGGAAUGAAUGCACUGGAUAUCAUGAAUGAGAUUGAGUCUGAUCGAUCUGAUACUAAAGAGCUACUAAUUACCAACACUCCAGCUGGAGAACCAGAUCCAGUGUCAAACAAUAAUGAGUUGACUAAUAAGAAAUCCAGUACUUUUACUGUAUCAAUCAAGUCAAUAUUUUAUGCAUUGAAAUCAUUUAUGAUGAAAGCUUACAAUCCUUCUUAUGCAAAACAACAAGAAAUGACAAUAUCUUCAAAAGUCUGGAAUAACUGAUAGACCAUAUUCAGCAAUGACAAAUAGUACACAACAAUUUGUGUGUUAAAUUAUGAUUGUUUGACUCACCUACAUGUGCAUCAUGUGAAGUUAUUAUGCUAAUUAUAGUCUAGUUAUUACAUUUUAGUUUAGUUUAUGUUCUUAUAGAGAACAUGAAAAUGUGUGUAUCCUUCUAGACUUAUAGCUGAUUAAAACUAAUAAUUAUUAUUAUUUGCUGAUUAAUAGUCUAAUACUAGUAUUUUUUUCAUUUGUAUGCUGAAGAUAGUCUAUUUGAUUGCU